UUUUUCAGCUAUAUUAAUGUUCUCAAACAAAGAAAUGGAUUUCUUAAACUCAUCUGAUCAAAAUUUGACCUCAGAAGAACUAUUAGACAGAAUGCCAUCCAAGAUUCUGGUGUCCCUCACUCUCUCUGGGCUGGCGCUGAUGACCACCACCAUCAACUCUCUUGUGAUCGCUGCAAUUAUUGUGACCCGGAAGCUGCACCACCCAGCCAACUAUUUAAUUUGCUCCCUGGCAGUUACAGAUUUUCUUGUAGCUGUCCUGGUGAUGCCUUUCAGCAUCGUGUACAUUGUGAAAGAGAGCUGGAUUAUGGGGCAAGUGGUCUGUGACAUUUGGCUAAGCGUUGACAUUACAUGCUGCACGUGCUCCAUCUUGCACCUCUCUGCUAUAGCUUUGGAUCGGUAUCGGGCAAUCACAGAUGCUGUCGAGUAUGCCAGGAAAAGGACCCCCAAGAAUGCUGGCAUUAUGAUUACAGUAGUUUGGAUUAUAUCUGUUUUUAUCUCUAUGCCCCCUCUGUUCUGGAGGCACCAAGGAACUAGUAGAGAUGAUGAAUGCAUCAUCAAACACGACCACAUUGUUUCCACUAUUUACUCAACAUUUGGAGCUUUCUACAUCCCAUUGACAUUGAUUUUGAUCCUCUACUACAAGAUAUAUAAAGCAGCAAAGACGUUAUACCACAAGAGGCAAGCCAGUAGGAUUGUCAAGGAGGAGCUUAAUGGUCAAGUUCUUUUGGAGAGUGGUGAGAAAAGCACCAGACUGGUCUCCACAACCUACAUGCUAGAAAAGUCUUUAUCUGACCCAUCAACAGACUUUGAUAAAAUUCAUAGCACAAUGAAAAGUCCCAGGUCUGAAUUCAAGCAUGAGAAAUCUUGGAGAAGGCAAAAGAUCUCAGGAACAAGAGAACGCAAAGCAGCCACUACCCUGGGAUUAAUUUUGGGUGCAUUUGUCGUAUGUUGGCUUCCUUUUUUUGUAAAAGAAUUGGUCGUUAAUGUCUGUGAAAAAUGUAAAAUUUCUGAAGAAAUGUCGAAUUUUUUGACAUGGCUUGGAUAUCUCAAUUCUCUUAUAAAUCCACUGAUUUAUACAAUCUUUAAUGAAGAUUUCAAGAAAGCAUUCCAAAAACUUGUACGAUGUCGAUGUUAGUUUUAAAAAGAUAUAUUAUUAAAAGGUUGUGAUUAUUUUUUUUGAGGUGAAGUAACUAAGUGAAUGCUAAAUGAUAAAGCAUUUAAACUUUUAGAAGGAAAUAAAUUAA